AUUUUCACCUCCAUAGUGUUUAAAUAAACAAUUAAUAAAGAUAUAGCAUUUAUAGAGUAAAUAUAAGAAGGAAAAUCAGUGUAACAGAGUGUCAGGAUGACGCCGCGGUGGAGCUGGGGACUCUGUCUUUUACUCGUUAUUAUCGCUUGUGAAGCUGGGAGAGAUUUCUACAAGAUCUUAGGUGUACCUCGUAGUGCAAAUGUAAACCAGAUAAAAAAGGCAUAUCGUAAGUUAGCAAAGGAAUAUCACCCUGACAAGAACAAAGACGACCCCAAUGCUGAAGAUAAAUUUAAGGAUUUGGGAGCAGCUUAUGAGGUUCUUGUUGAUGAUGAAAAGAGACAAAAGUAUGACAGGUGUGGAGAAGAAUGUGUAGCCAAAGAAGAUGGCUUUGGAGGAAUGGAUCCCUUCGCCAGUUUCUUCGGUGAUUUUGGUUUUGGCUUUGGUGGUGGUCAGCCAAGAGAACGUGAAGUACCAAAAGGUGGAGAUGUGACCAUGGACAUGGCAGUAACACUGGAAGAACUGUAUGUAGGAAACUUUGUUGAGAUGGUACGAAAUAAACCGGUAGCUAGAGCAGCAACAGGUACACGACGCUGUAACUGUCGUCAGGAGAUGGUUACUAGACAGUUGGGUCCUGGACGGUUUCAGAUGACUCAGCAGCAAGUGUGUGAUGAAUGCCCUAAUGUCAAGUUAGUGAAUGAAGAAAGAACUUUAGAAUUUGAGAUUGAACCUGGCAUGGUUGAUGGACAAGAGCAUCGCUUCAUUGGUGAAGGUGAACCCCACAUUGAUGGCGAUCCUGGCGAUCUCAUCAUUCGUAUAAAAACAAUGCCACACGAAAGAUUUGAGCGUCGAGGUGAUGAUUUGUACACAAAUGUUACAUUAUCCCUGCAAGAGGCUCUCUUAGGAUUUGAGCUUAAUAUCCCACAUCUUGAUAAGCACAUGGUGCACAUUGUACGAGAGAAACCAACGUGGCCCGGAGCUCGAAUUCGUAAGAAGGGAGAAGGAAUGCCUAAUUACGAAAAUAAUAAUCUGUAUGGUAUUCUCUACAUUACGUUUGACGUGGAAUUCCCAAAGAAUGAAUUUAGCGAAGAAGAUAAAGAAGCUCUAAAGAAGAUUUUAAAACAAGAUUCCAUAGGAAAAGUCUACAAUGGUUUAAGGGGCUACUAAUUUAUAUAUAAAAUUAGAUGUUUUGUACAGAUUGUUAUAUUUGUGUGUGGAUUUAUUAAUGCAGUGGAGAAUGGAUGAUUACUUCAGUCUUAUACAAGAUGUUUUCCUCCUUUUGUAGGAAUUUUACAAAAUGAAAGUGAAAAAGACAUCCCUUGAUUGUGUAUAACUGAAAAUCGACAAAAAAAAAAAUUUCUUUCAUGCUUUGAAAAAAUAACAUGGUUGUAAAUAUUAAUGUGGUACAAAAAAUGUAUUUGUACCAUGAAUAGACUGUUACAGUAAAAUCUCAGGUGAAUAUAAAAUAAAAGUUUGACAAUGGUUCUCAUAGACAUGUGUGCACAACCAGAAGGUCAUAAGUUUCCUAUAUGCAUGAAUCAUGAAAUCGUAAUGACACAAUUGCAAACAAACCAUAUCAUGGGCGGAUUGAACACAUGACAAAUGAGUCGCUCGCCACGAGUUCAAUCCCUGCCUGUGGCAUGGUAAGUUUGGUUUACCUUUUACCUCUUUAAAGAGUCGAGAUUUUUUUUGUAAUAUUCCUUAAAAACCACUAUCAAAUGAACAUAUGGUUCAAUGAAACUGUGACCUAUUUCUUUUCAGUAAUAGAAAUAAAUUUUUUUUCCUAGCUCCUGUUUUUUUUACAAAAGGGAAACUAGUUUCAUUUUGCCGUGUUCUAUUUGUAGUGAUGUGGGGUAUAAUUAAUGUAGGUACAGUUUUUGCUGUGUUCUAAGGAUUUCUGUAUUGUGUGAUUGGUUAAAACAGAGUCACAAUUUAGUUGAUUGGAACUUUUUUUUUUUUUUUUGUGGUGACACUUGCUAAUUUCGUUAGCAAAAUGUUGCUAUUAAUGGGUUAUACUACAUGCGGUAAUUUGAUGCAUUUUAAGAAUGGGACAGAGAAACGAUAAAUUGUCUUGGGUUAAUAGUCAAAUCUACUUUGCAAGAAAUUCAAUAAUCAUAAAAUAAAAAUAUGCAUACUUUAUUAUACUACUACUAUACUAUUAUGGUCUUAGUGAAAAACAAAGGAUUAUCUAUUAGGCAAUUUUUUUUACUGGUUUUACUCUAUUUAAAAUUUGCUUUCUUCCACUGCCAACACGUACAAUUGUUUCUUCUCCCUACAAAACAAAACUAUAGAGCAUAUAUAAUUUUAAUUUAAAUUUGUAAUCAAAUAUCACAAUCCAUUGUUGAGCCACUUAAUUGCAACGACACUUGACUUUCCAAAUGAGGCCACUAUACAUACCCACUCCAAAGGCAAGUCUAACAUGAAAAACCACUCUUCUGCUCUGAUCUAAUACACAUGCAAGUGCUUGCCAGAUGUUAAUGCCCUAAGUACCUCUUGCCCUUCCAACCCUUGCUUGGUCAUCCCUUGUGCCUUCCAUCCUAUCCUAUCUUUAUACAUCUCGUACUACUAUCUCAAUAACUCUCUCCAACUCGUUGAAAUAGCUGUACUUUAUUAUACCAUUAAACUUCAAAUUUCUGUAUUUAUUUUUUUAUUUUUGAACACUGGCUGUCUCCCACCAAGGUAAGGUGACCCGAAGAGGAAACUUUCACCAUCAUUCACACUAUCACUGUCUUGCCGGAGGUACACAGAUACAACAGUUCAGAUGUCACUCCAAACAGCAAAUGCAUAUCUCUAACCUCUCCUUUCUUAUUUUCUGCAUAAUAUUUACUCCACAACUUGAACAUUACAUACAUACUGCCUCUAACCAUUGCCCCAGAUUUUUGUAUAUAGUAGCACUAUAGCUAUUAUGCUCAGAUAAAUUUUCCUAUUUUGCUUCCAUUGACAUAAUUUUCUUUGAAAAAAAUUAACCUUAUCAUUCACAGACCCUUCUGCUGAUACAUUCACUCCCAGAUUUAUGAACAUCCUUUAUAUGCUUCCUUCCAAUUUGACUUUUUUUUUCUUUUCUUACUUCUAAUUCUCAUCGUCAUGCUUUUUUAACUUAAACUUUUACUCACCCUUUAAAAUGAUUCUGCUAAUCUUAGCAGCAACUUUUCAGAAUAUCUUAAUAGCACUGAUGUUUUAGGGUUAGUGCAUAAACUGAUUGUAAUAAUGAUAAUAAUGACUCACGAAAUUGUAAUGACACGAUUGCAAACAAACUAUACCAUGGGCGGGAUAGAACCCGCAAUCAGAGAGUCAAAACUCCAGACCAUCGUGUUUUGAGACUCAUCCCCGCCCAUGGUACGGUUUUUUUUUUUUAAUGAUGAAUCUUAUAGCACUGUUGUCUGCAAACAUUUGUGACAAAUCCCACACUGUAACUGUAUAUCAUCUUAAUGUCUUUAUGACCACACUUCUUCAAAACAAAAUAAUUUAAGAUUCUGGGUAGCCAGAAAGAUCAUAUAUAGUUUUAAGAUUUAUAGGUAUGUAUUUAAUACAGUCGGUGCUGAUUGGCUCCCGUUACAGCAUUAGCACUUGACCUGAAAUUUCAUGCGUAUUAUUUUCUUUGCAAAGCUCAUUCUGUGAUAAUCUUUUUUGGAAAUGUAUUGUUUAUUAUUAGGAUAAUACAUGGCAUAAAUUCUCCUUCACCUUGUAUUUCACAGCUUGAGGAUUAUUAAUUUAUAAGGAAAAUAUAUCACUAUUUUGCACUUUUGCUGCAUUUAGAAUCCAUGUACUAAAUAAAAUAUGCAUUUAAAUCCAUUUGGAAUUCACAGUUUGGUACCUUGGAUUAAGUCUGACUCACAAAAUCACAAUAACAUGAUCGCAAUUAAAUCAGGGAACGGGUGAGCUUGAAUAGCUGGCCUGUGGGGUUUAGAACACUUAGCAUGGGUUCAAGUCCCCACCCAUUCCAUGAUUUGGAUGAAGUCUGUUGGUAUGAUACUAGUUUUUAAACACGACUUUCGAGCUGUUUAGAAAAUCAAUUACAAUACUGUACAUAAAAGAAUGAAGAUAGCAAGACUUGUGAAAACCAAAAUUUUUGCAAUGUGUAGGAAAGCAAAGGUCAUUAGAGUAAAAUGGUAAUGAGUGUAGCCAGGAGAAAUGUUGAACUGUUUUAUAAUACUCUUUAAAGUUUCUAGGGUUAGCAACAGCACCAGUAUUCUACCUAAGGUCAGUAUGUGUAAAAAAAUUAACACUAAUGUCAUUGUAAACAAAAUCAAUGUCACAUUUUUUCAUGAACAUCCAAACCAGAAAAUGCUUAAUUUGAGUGAUGGAGAAUGGGAUGUUAAAUUCAUUACUUGCAGAAAAUAUGAUUUGGGUAUCCAUUAUUUUCACUUCUAGUGCUGUAUUUCAUAAGGAUCUUAUUAAAUUUUUUAAUGUUAGCUGUACAUUUAAAGUUUGAGGAGUGUAAAACUAUUUAUAUGAACAUUUAGGAAUAAUUCAUCAGACAACAGAUAAGAUACUUGCAAACAUAAGAAGUGGCUAUAUUUUUGUCUGCGUAAGCUAUGUUUGAGUGAUAAAUGCAUACUAUGAGACCACUGAGUGAAUGUGUCAAGACUGCUGUGGUGUGGUUAAUAAAUCGAAAUAAAAUGUAAUUGUACAAGUU